AUGUAUAGCACUAUAAAGACUAUUUUCACCUUAUUUCCCCUCUUGUUUGUUUCUUUCAUUGUUGAAAGACAACAGUAUACACAUAGAAACAACAUGUCUAUGAAACCGCUAUCUGCGAAAACAGCGGCUGCAUUAGAUGCAUCCCUCAUGUCCACUUUGGGGUACAAGCUCGAACAGUUGAUGGAGUUGGCCGGGUUAUCCGUUGCACAGGCCAUCUAUGCUGAUUACAAGCCGGACCAAUUCAGCAAUGUCCUUGUGCUAGUGGGUCCAGGGAACAACGGCGGGGACGGGCUCGUUGCGGCAAGACACUUGAAACUCUUUGGCUACAGGGAAGUUGCCGUAUACAUCCCGAAACAGGGCAAGAAUCCGUUUUACGCCAACUUGCAGACCCAAUUGAAGUCUUUUAACGUUCCAGUACACACUGGAGAGUUGAACAACGUCCUCAAAGGCAGAGACCUGGUUGUGGAUGCGUUGUUUGGGUUUUCGGGCAAGCCUCCCUUGAGAGAGCCUUUUAACUUGAUUAUUGACGAAAUUGUAAAGCUGCAGAAAAGGGAAAACGUCAAGUUGUUUGCCGUGGACGUGCCAAGUGGCUGGGAUGUUGACGAGGGCCCAGUGUCGCAAGAGUACAUGCCCGACGCUUUGAUCAGCCUAACUGCUCCCAAGCCGUGUUCGGCGAAGUUGGCGCCUCAUGUGAAGCAUUACCUUGGUGGCCGCUUCAUCAGCAAGGAAAUUGCUGAGAAAUGGAACUUUGAUGUUCCGCAAUACCAGGGUGUCGAUCAGUUCGUCAGGUUAUAA